GGUUCCUUGCGUGCAUGCCAGGUAGCGGCGAGAGGAACAGAUGGCGGAGGUGGCGGGGAGGAGAUCGCUGAAUUGGCCAACGGGGAGGAGGGGAUAGCGGAAUAUCUUCAGUAUCAGGGCUAGGAACCAAAGCUGUAUCUCGAAAAGGCCCACGCCGAACAGGCAAUGAACUCUUACAUAGUUUAAUCGAAACAAAAAAUGAGCGGCUAAGCAGGCUAUGUGAUUUAGGCCCAAAGCCUGGGCAAGGAGUUGGUAUAUGAUCCUGGAUAUCAAAGGGAGAGAAAGAUGAUCUACCUCGGAAAAUAAGCAUUAAAAGACUUUAAUCAGGAAACAAAAGUUGGAGCUGCAUUUUGUGAACCUUCUAAUGCUGUUGGUGGUGUUUGGCGUAAAGAUAGUCUCAAGCGGAUACUGAUGUUGGGUUAGCUAGCUUACUGAGUUAAGAGACCAGUGGACUAGCUACAUGCACCUUUUAUUCGUCAGUUUUUUUUGUAGUAAGCUACUGAUGUUUCACUUAGCUAGACAUGGAUGAAUUUCCGAAUGUUUUGAAGUUUUUGAGCUGCUUUUAAAUCGGCCUGGACUGUCCGCUCUUUUUUCAUGCUUUAGCCAAGUGGGAGCACACCCUAGGCGAGCAUUGAUUUAGCGAGUAGCCAUCUCCUUGCAGCUGUCAGAUGAGCUACUGUGUAUUUCUAGUGCAGCGCCCAUAUACUGCGCUUUUCCCAGUGUAGCCGAGCACGCCCCUGAUAGACGACGUGCAACUUUUUUUUUAAUGCAACUUAUUUGUAAAAACGUCCAGGGUCGAUGGUAUAAGUAUUCUCCAUCUGUUGAUCCCUACAUGUUUCCGUUAAAUUGACGAUUUGAAGACGGGUCGUCUUCAUCCUUAUACUUUAUGUUUUAGACAAAGUAAAUCCGUAAUUCCUGUCCAGUGUUGGGAGGGCCUCGACACGGUCGCACGGCGUGUAUUUGCUAGCUAACAUCGCGUUUAAUCGAAAAUGGGGAACACACUGUCGUGCUGCGUGUCUCCUGGCGGGAGUCCGAAGAUCUCCAGGCAACAGGAGCGCCUGGAGGACUACCAGACCAACACGGACCUGAGCGAGGACACGACCGGGCCCUACCUGCAGCACAUCAGCGACAGAGAAGUGCCGGACGAUCUAGCUUUUGAGUCCAACCCUUCUGACCAUGCCCGGGCCAGUACCAUUUUCCUCAGCAAGUCGCAGACCGACGUGCGGGAUAAAAGGAAAAGCAAUCACAUAAACCAUGUGUCUCCAGGGCUCCUUUCAAAGAAGUACAGCUCCUGUUCCACGAUAUUCAUUGAUGACAGUACUGUCAGCCAACCAAAUUUAAAAAGCACAAUCAAAUGUGUUACACUAGCAAUAUACUAUCACAUAAAGAACAGGGACUCGGACAGAUCGCUGGACAUUUUUGAUGAGAAGAUUCAUCCAUUAUCAAGAGAGCAGGUCCCAGACAACUACUCCCGGAUUGAUCCUGACCACAAGCUAAUCUACCGUUUCGUGCGGACGCUCUUCAGUGCCGCCCAGCUGACUGCUGAGUGUGCCAUUGUCACUCUGGUGUACCUGGAGCGUCUGCUGACCUACGCUGAGAUCGACAUCUGCCCCUGCAACUGGAAGCGCAUCGUGCUGGGGGCCAUCCUGCUAGCCUCCAAGGUGUGGGACGACCAGGCCGUUUGGAACGUGGACUACUGCCAGAUCCUGAAGGACAUCACCGUGGAGGACAUGAACGAGAUGGAGAGGCACUUCCUAGAGCUGCUUCAGUUCAACAUCAAUGUCCCAGCCAGCGUCUACGCCAAGUAUUACUUUGACCUGCGCUCCCUGGCCGACGACAAUAACCUGAGCUUCCCGUUGGAGCCCCUGAGCAAAGACCGAGCCCAGAAACUAGAGGCCAUCUCCAGGCUUUGCGAGGACAAGUACAAGGACCUGAGCAAAGCAGCGAUGCGGCGGUCCUUCAGUGCCGACAACCUGGUGGGCAUCCGGCGCUCCAAUGCCGUGCUGUCAUAGCAGGAGCAGCGCCCACACCUGACAGCAUACACGUGACCUCAUCUGGUGCAGAGGCGGCCUUCCUGCUCACUCCAUGCCAGAGACAUUUUGUCAGCAAGUGAUUCGCUGCUCUGAGCGUCGUGGCGAAAAGCAUCUACUUAGAGACAAAGAAUGAGUCAGGGUUUUGUGUUUUGUUUUUUUUCUUUCUUUUUUUUGCUUACUAUGUAGGCUAAUAGCUGUGAAAUUUUGUUUUUAAAUGAAAUCAUUUGCAGAUGGAGUAUUUUAAAUAAACACUAAUCAUGUAACAAA